GCAACAGCAGAGGUCUGGUUGCCAGAUUCCAGCAGCUGGAGUGGUCGCUUCCUUGCUGUUGGUGGUGGCGGUCUGGAAGGCUCUAUAAACUACCAGGCUCUCGCCUACAGUGGUCUCAACCAAAGCUUUGCGGCUGUCAGCACAAACGCCGGACACGAUUCAUCAGAGGACAUGAUUUGGUGGACUUCUAAUCCCGAUGCAGUCAUUGAUUUCGGUUGGCGUGCUAUGCAUACGGCCGUCGACUCUGGCAAGACGGUUGUUUCCAACUAUUAUGGCUCUUCGGCGAACAAAUCAUACUACACUGGUUGCUCUGACGGUGGAAGACAAGGCUUGCAGUCUUUCCAGAUGUUCCCAGAGGACUUUGAUGGCGUCGUUGUCGGUUCUCCAGCCGCCUGGCUGUCCCACCAGCAAGCUUGGUCCAUCUGGAUGACGAAGCAUGUAUUCCCUGUAAAUGGUUCAUCUUGGAUUCCGAGCGACAUGUGGAGCGUUAUCGGCGACGAGGUCAUCAAGCAAUGUGACACCAUUGAUGGGGUCGCCGAUGGUAUCAUCAACGACCCUUGGCGCUGCUACUUCCGUCCUGAGACUUUGGCCUGCCGCUCCAACUCGACUGACUCAUGCUUGACAAGCGAUCAAAUCGAUGCCUUGAACAAGAUCUACCACCCUUGGAUCGACGUCAACCAAACCUACGUCUUCGAUGGCUACUUACCUGGUGGCGAGGCCCAAUAUGACAGCGUCCACCUGGCCUCCACCGCCCCGGACAGCAUCGGCCUCGACUUCUUUGAAUACUUGGUCUACAACGAUACCAACUGGGACUGGCAGACACUCACUUAUGCCGAUGCUGUGUUCUUUGAAGAGCUCAACCCGGGACAGAUGAUCGCGAACAGCCAUGACCUGACGGAGUUCGCUGGCGAGUCGCAUAACGGAAAGGUUAUCCAUUUCGUGGGACUCGGCGAUCCCAACAUUUCCCCUGGCCAAUCGUUACACUACUACCGUCAAGUCGAGCAAUACAUGAACUUAAACUCCGACCUCGAUAUCGAUGACUAUUAUCGCUUCUUCCCUGUUCCCGGAAUGGCUCACUGCAGCGGUGGUAUCGGUGCCAAUGCAUUCGGGGCUGCAGACACUAGCUCUGCCACUCCCCCCCUCGCUUUCGACGCAGACCACAGCGCCUUGCUCGCCAUGGUGCAGUGGGUUGAGGAAGGUAUCGCGCCGUCAAAGAUAAUCGCCACCAAAUACGUUGACGAUGACUCCUCGAACGGUGUCAACUUCACGAGACCUAUAUGUAUGUACCCGCAAGAGAUCACAUACACUGGAAACGGGAGCAUUUGGAACGCCACCAACUUUGAUUGUGAGUGAAGGAGAUCGUGUUGUUUAG